AUCCGCAAUGACGGACAAAUGGCGGGGUUGGCUCUACACACAUUCGAGUGCAAGCGACGACGGAUGGAAGCGCGUGUGCAAGCUCUCCUCCUCCGCCACAUCGGCUGCCAUCCUUCCCGAGGAGAUACGAAUGGUCCUCUUCAAGCGCUCUGCGGUCGAGGAGAGAGAGCGUCGGUACCUGAGCGCGUUGGGGGAGCCGGUUCCCCACGAGAGGGAGCGCCUGCUUUCCUCGAACGGAUGGCACUCGUUCGAGCUCAGUGUGCGCACAGCCAAAGCCCGAGAGGCCGACUUGCGACGGCUGGUGCGGCUCGGCGCCUUCAUGGCUGAGCGCGGGCGUGUCGGUGUGCUCAAGCUUCCCGGAGGCGCCUCGGUCGUGAUGCACGAGAUUGCGACGGUCGAGCUGCCCCUCGAGGCUGGCGGCCCGGAAGUCGUGGUUCGCUGCGGCUUGGCGCUUGGCACCGCCUCCGCCAGCGCCGCCGCGGCCGAGCUCUCGCCUCCACCGCCCGACACAGCCACGGCCGCGGCGGAGAUUGAGGCGGUCGUCGCCGCGGCGCACGCCACUCUUGAGCCCCAGCCCGCCACCUCCAGCGCCGCCCUCCCCGCUACCUCCAGCGCCGCCACCUCUGGCACCGCCCUCAAGAACUCCGGCGCCGCCUCCAGCGCCGCCCUCUCCGAAGCAGCCGCGGCAGUCGCCGCCGCCGCCGGCCGAGUGCUCUGGUACUACAAGGAUGAGAGGCAGGCGGUCCAGGGCCCGUUCGAGGCCUCGCAACUGAACGAGUGGUUCGGAGCUCGGACGCUGCCUCCCUCGCUUCCGCUCCGCUCGUCGCGCCACCCUCCUGGCAUCUACACGCCCCUGCUCGCGCUGGUGCGGCGGCACGGAGGCAAGCCCCGCUUCGACGAGCCGCUGUACGAGCCGCCGCGCGAGCCUCUGAGCGCGGCGACGCGCGCGGCGCUCGAGGGCGCGCGCGUCUCGCGGGCGCACCUCGCUGCGGGGAGACGACCAGCCGCAGCGUGGCUUGAGCUCGAGCUGCGCAUCGGCGCUUCGUGCCGCUCCUUCCCGCUCGCGCACGCCUCAAAUGAGCCCUUUGCGAGGGAGGAGCUCGAGAAGUUUGCGGAGCAGGUGGCGCUGCCGAGUGAGGCGUUCUGUGCGGAGCGACGCCGAGCCAUCGCUUCCCUCGACGCGCGCUUCCGGGCGCUCCCGCCUGCCGCGCCGCCGCCCGCCGCCGCGCGGCCCGAGGAGGACUUCGACCAGGCCGCCGAUGACGCGUGGCAGUCCGAGGAGAAGGAGCGCGAGGAGCGCACGGCGGCGGCGGCGUUGGGUGGCGGCGGGGCGCAGGGCGGCGAGUUCGUCAUCGAGCCGAUCGACGAGGACGGCGAGGAGCGGCCGGCCGGAGUGGCGGCGCCGCCUGCUCAGGAGUCCACUUGCUGCCGGUGCGGCACUUUGCUCGACGACGAGGCGGGCGAGGUGGUGACGCCCUCCGUCGGGUGCGACGCCGGCGGCUGCACGCGCUGGGCGUGCCUGGCGUGCGCCGGCUUCAGGAGCGAGGCGGAGGCGGGGCGCGAGACGUGGUUCUGCCCACUGCACGCCCCGGCUCUGCCCGCCCCUCGCGCGCGCAACACGCUGCCCGCUGCCCUGGAGCCGAGGGUGGUGUCUGCGCCGAAGCCGGCGGGAGGGCUCGCAGAGAAGCGGCUGCGCGCCCUCGUCGCGCGGCUGUCCACACCUGGCGCGGCGGCGGAGCUCCUCCUCGCCGCCCUCGCCGAGCUCGGGCCCGUGCCAGUGACGGUCGAGCUGCUGCGCGCAACCGGCGUCGGCAGGGCAGUCAACGCCGUGCGAAAGGAGCACGAGGGGGGCGCAGUGGCAGAGGCGGCCACCGCGCUGCUGCAGCGCUGGCGCGGCCUCGCCCAGGCCAGGGCCGCGCUGGGGGCGGGCUCGAGCACCGACGCCGCCCGCAGCGGCUCCGACGCGGCGAGCGGGCCGGCGCGAGCCGAGCUGGCGCAGGCGAGGGCUGCAGCGCCGCGUUGGCGGGUCGACUUUGCCGACCCGGCGCCAGGAGGCUUGCGCGGACUCAUCGCGGCGGCGCUGCGCGGCGGGCCGCUGCGGCGCGACGCCGUCGUGCAGCGCGUCGGCGCCAUCGCCUCUGCUGCCGGGCUCGAGAGGCGGGCAGAGCGUUCCUCCGUGCUCGCCGCUCUCUCGCGCGAGCUGCGCCAGCCGUCCGCCUUCUGGGUGUCGAGCGGCUCUGGCGCCGAUGCAGUCUGGGCUCUGACGGAGGUCGCUGCGUCGGCCCCGCCACCGCCCGCCAUGCCGCCCGCCGCGCCGCCGCCCGCCGCACCGCCGCCCGCUGCGCCGCCGCCCGCCGCACCGCCGCCCGCCGCAUUUGCUUCGGCGGAAGAGGCUGCGGUCCCGGCCCCGAGUGGCGCGGGGAGCAGCCUGGCUCACGCACGGCGGGAGGCGAUGGAGAGGGCGGCGCAUGUGCUCGCCAACUCGAGGGCGCAGGUGCGGCGGCGUGCGCGGUACGAGCAGUUCACGAGCGCGCGGGCAGCGGCGGUGGCACGGGCGGAGGGUUCGGAGGGUUCCGAGACCGAGACGGAGGAGGAGGAGGGGGAGGGGGAGGAAGGGGGGGCAGGGAAAGGGGCGGUGGAGGUUGUGAGCGCGUCUCUCGUCGCGGUGGCGGGCGAGGCGAGCGCGACGCCGUCGGACGUCGUGUUUGCGGACGCCGAGGGCGAGCUUGGGAGCGGCGUCGAGGUGGUGUGCGAGGCCUGCACAGACUCGGAGGACGAGGAGGAGUGGGCGGACUCGGAGGACGAGCGCGCGGCCGUCGCCGCAGCCGCGCUCGGCAUGGGCCCACUCUCGGCACUUUUGCCGGGCGGUGGCGGCUCCGCAGGAGUGCAGGCGCACGACAUCGACGGCUGGCAGGAGAUGCCGCUCGGCAAGGCGCCGAGGAUCUACGACUCGCCCCGCUCACGCGAGGACUCGUCCCCGUCGUAUGAGCCGGGCUGAUGUGCGGUAUAACGGAUGAGCACAUAAGGUUCAGUUAACAACAC